AUGCUGCAGCUAUACUUUUCAUCAGCUAGGUUCAAAACAUACAUCCCCGAUUGGAUAACCGUUAUCGUUCUAAUAUUCAUAUUUUUCCAAAUUGUUGAACAUUGGGAACCAUUCCAUCGUCAAUUUUACAUCAAUGAUCCUAAACUAUCACACCCGUUUGCUACAGCUCAACGUGUUACUGAUAAUCAGCUAUACGUGUAUUCAACAUUAAUUCCUGCAAUCAUUAUUAUCAUAAUUUCAUUGUUUAUUGCCCCUACAAAUGUCGACAAGUUGCAUCUUGUACAGCUUUCACUCCUUGGGUUGUUAUUUAGUGUAUCAUCAGUAUCAGUGCUUACUGAUAUUCUCAAAUGUUGGAUCGGGAACCCCCGUCCUGAUUUUAUUGAACGGUGUGGACCAGCUGAACAAACACCACUAGAUACAUUAGUCGAUAUCAGUGUUUGUACGUCUCCGUUGGGUGAUAUGUACUUGUCAGAUGGGCUCAAAUCAACACCGCUGGGACAUUCAUCUAUGGCUUUUGGUGGGUUGUUGUACUUGUCAUUGUGGUUUAUUGGGCAAUUUCAAGUGUUGAAAAGAGAAAACCAUAGGAUGGUGUUGUUGUUGGUGGCGACUUUACCAGUGAUAUUUGCUUCUUAUAUUGCCCUUAGUCGAACACAAGAUUAUCGUCAUCAUUUUUUUGAUAUUGCGUUUGGAAGUUUAUUGGGUAUGGUGUUUGCAUGGUUUACUCAAUGGAAAUACUUUGGCAAAUUGACAUCACGGGAGAAAGACGGAGGGGGGGAGUAA